AUGAAGCUCCACGCCGUGAGCCUCAUGAUCAAGGAAGUGUCUCAGGUUACCAGGGAAGUCCUCCACACGGUGACAGCCCAGGAGCAAGACCGGAGCAGAGGUGCCGAUGGACAUGAUGGGCACAAUGUCCGGACCCCGGUGGCGGUGUCAAGCGUCGGGGAAGACCGAGCCAUCCUUUUGGGCUUCAGCAUGAUGGCCUUCUCUGUGCUCAUGUUCUUUGUGGUCGGCAUCACGAUGGUCAAACCUCACAUUAACAGUAAGUGGGAGGAAGAAGACAGAUGCAUGCUGCUGCACGCUGAAAUCCUGGACGAGUGGGUCGACUGCAGAGGCGUGAGCACCAUACCGUGCCUCACGGUGACCGUCCACCUCACAGCCUCCAAUCAAAGCGCCUUGCUGCAUUUUGACGAGGAGUCCGUGCUGCUUACGCCGAAGUGUUUCUACGUGCCCAAAUGUCAGAUGGACCAAAAAGAACUUGAAGGUGAAGUCCUGAAGGUGAAAAGCAACUUGGACGCUCAGCUGGGAAGCACCUCGUCAUGCUUGACGGACCCCACCAGGCACCCUGGGGACGUCAUCUUGAGCAGAAAGUACACUCUGAGGAGGACCCUGUUGGCUCUCCUGUGGCCCAGUCUGAUGCUGGGAGGUGGAGCCCUGCUGGUGGGCCUGGUGAAGCUGACGCAGUGCCUUGCUCAUCUGUCCUCUGAGAUAUGUAGCGUGGCAGCAGGGGGUAGGCUGGCUGCAAAAUACACCCACGGUAAAUUCUAUAAAAUCAUCCAGAGGUCCACUGUGUCCUCUGCUAUGUGACUCAUCCUGGCCGAUGCUGUCAGACCAAACCAUUUGCGAUAAAACAACUGGUCAAAUACGCGUUGUUAAACUUAAUGUGUAGACUUAAACGUGCCCUAGAAUGUGUUACAUUUCCUGAUUAUACUGAGCAUGAAUCUACUGUUGAGUGAGUUUGCUCUAUUACUCGAUCUCUAUUCCCUCGGCAGCAGCAGAGAUGCUAUGCAACAGCGAGAAAGUAAGACCCUGAUUGGAUAAAUCGUCAAAAAAACGGCACUUCCAGGGAAGCUGAGCUUCAGAGCGGUCCUUGAUUUUGACUGACAGCAGCCAGAGGAGUGAGCGGAGCCCCUUUUCCCAUGAUGCGACCCAGCCAUGCACAUCCGAGGGGAGACAGCGGUCAGAGCAGACGUGAAGACAGAAUUAUUUCAAAGCGAUUUAAUUCUACCUCUAUUUUCGGACUUUGUACGUACUACAUUGUAAGUAAACGACAAAAUCCCAGCGUUUUGUUCGUUUGUUGGUUCAUGAAAUCAUCGUGGGAGGAGUUGUCCGGCCGCGAUGGAAGCAGACAGCAUUGCUAAAAUCAUAGUAAAUGUACAGUACGUCAGACCCCAAAGAGCUUCCGAUGUUUCAAAGAUGUUCAAGUUAGGGUUAAAACAAACUCUGGGGGUGUUUGUGCUGCCAGUACGGUUCGUUUGGUGUGUAAACUCGAUCAUAUGAACCCCCGGUGAGCUGAAAUGGGUCUCGGUCCGCUUCGAAGUGAACUCUGAACGCUUGGCAACCCCUGCUCU